GGCUCGCUGUUGUUGCCGGAAGUGGGCGGGGAAAGGUUGUGAUGGCGGCUGCGAGUCUGGCUGAGACGGUGCCGGUGGACGGCGCAGAGGAGCAGCAGCCUCCUGCGGGGGCCGAGGAGCUGGCCGCCCAGAAGCGCGAACAGAGAUUGCGCAAAUUCCGGGAGCUGCACCUGAAGCGGAAUGAAGCUCGUAAAUUAAAUCACCAGGAAGUUGUUGAGGAAGAUAAAAGACUUAAGUUACCUGCAAAUUGGGAAGCCAAAAAAGCUCGUUUGGAAUGGGAACUACAAGAAGAAGAGAAGAAAAAGGAAUGUGCAGCAAGAGGGGAAGACUAUGAGAAGGUGAAGUUGCUAGAGAUCAGUGCAGAGGAUGCAGAAAGAUGGGAGAGGAAGAAGAGGAGGAAAAACCCUGACCUGGGAUUUUCAGAUUAUGCUGCUGCCCAGCUUCGCCAGUAUCAUCGGCUGACCAAGCAGAUCAAACCGGACAUGGAAACAUAUGAGAGACUGAGAGAAAAGCAUGGAGAAGAGUUUUUCCCAACAUCCAACAGUCUUCUUCAUGGGACACAUGUGCCUUCCACAGAGGAGGUUGAUAGGAUGGUCGUAGACCUGGAAAAACAAAUUGAAAAACGAGACAAAUAUAGCCGGAGACGUCCCUAUAAUGAUGAUGCAGAUAUUGACUACAUUAAUGAAAGGAAUGCCAAAUUCAACAAGAAGGCAGAAAGAUUCUAUGGGAAAUACACAGCUGAAAUUAAACAGAAUUUGGAGAGAGGAACAGCUGUUUAAUCCCUUCAGGAACUGUUAAAAGCUUGAGAAUGGAGUGAAAAUUUCUGCUAGCAAAUUGAAGUUCUCUUCAGAGUUAUACCCGUAAACCAGAACUUGGUCUAUGCCUUCCCACUCAGCAUUUAAAAAUAAAUGUUUUUUCUUAAAACUUAUACUUCCAUGUAUAUUUCCACAUUUUUGUGCUUGGAUAUAAAAUGUAUUUCUUGUAAUGUACUUGUUUUGUAACAAUCUACUUUGUAUAAAUUCUAUUAUUUUUCUAUGUA